AUGUCGAGCUUGGAGGAGCCACUUGGUUUUGACAAGUUGCCUAGCAUGAGUACUAUUGAUCGGGUUCAAAGAUUCUCAUCUAGUGCUUGCAGGUCUAGAGCAGAUGAUACGGCAAUGGGGAACUGUUGGAUUGAAGGAAGAAGUUGUAGCACAUCCAAUAGCUGCAACGAAGAUUAUGAAGAAUAUACAAGAGAGGCCUUUCCAUGGAAAAGACAUACAAGAGACAUUUCCCGUGGUGACUCCUUCAAUCAAAGGACCUUGAGCUUAGGCAGGAAUCACCGGGUAUUUGGAAAUAUUUGUGAUUCAUGGUAUUUGUCAGAUCAAUAUGAGUCCAAGUGCAAUGACAAAGAUAUAACAAAUAAGAUUUUGAAAGGUAUACCAAAGUUUGUAAAGAUAGUAGAAGUUGGUCCAAGGGAUGGACUUCAAAAUGAAAAGAAUAUUGUAUCUGCAUCUGUAAAGAUUGAAUUGAUUCAUAGACUGGUAUCUUGUGGGCUGUCUGUUGUUGAGGCUACAAGUUUCGUAUCACCCAAAUGGGUUCCUCAGCUAGCAGAUGCAAAGGAUGUAAUGGAAGUAGUUCACAAUUUGGAGGGUGCUAGAUUGCCUGUUCUGACACCCAAUUUAAAAGGCUUUGAAGCAGCUAUUGCAGCUGGUGCUAAGGACAUAGCAGUCUUUGCAUCAGCUUCUGAAUCAUUUUCAAAGUCGAACAUCAAUUGUAGCAUUGAAGAAAGUCUUGUUCGUUAUCGUGCUGUUACUCGUGCGGCAAAAGAGCUUUCAAUUCCUGUUCGAGGGUAUGUCUCGUGUGCCAUUGGAUGUCCAGUGGAGGGAGCAAUUCCUCCAUCAAGAGUGGCAUAUGUAGCAAAAGAACUUUACAACAUGGGCUGCUUUGAAAUUUCUCUUGGUGACACAAUUGGGGUUGCUACACCUGGGACGGUUGUCCCCAUGCUUGAAGCUGUGAUGGCUGUUGUUCCUGUUGAGAAGCUUGCUGUUCACUUCCAUGACACCUAUGGGCAAUCUCUUUCAAACAUUCUCGUAUCUCUUCAAAUGGGGAUUAGCAUAGUGGAUUCCUCUAUUGCGGGUUUAGGUGGGUGUCCGUAUGCUAAGGGAGCUUCAGGUAACGUUGCCACUGAAGAUGUUGUAUACAUGCUUAAUGGACUUGGUGUCAAAACCAAUGUGGAUUUGGCGAAACUCUUGAUGGCUGGGGACUUCAUCAGCAAGCAUUUGGGCCGCCCCUCUGGUUCAAAGACUGCCGUAGCUUUGAGCCGAGUUACAGCCGAUGCCUCUAAGAUAUAA